CCGUAGCAUAGAGGCUAGGCCUAGGCCUCGUUAGGCCUAGCUAGGCCUAGGCCUAGGCUGAGUACAAGGUUUACUACCUAGGCGGCCUCUGCUAAGGCCCUAGGCUAGUCGUCAUUGUUAUAUACGCCAUUGAUUGCAUCAGAACAUCAGUACAAAUUGUCUUUGGAUGUACUCUGAACAUUUAAUGUAGGGUUUUCUAGCCCAGACGUAGACAGACCUGUGACCUGCUGAGCAACCGCUAGCUGUAUUUUUCCUCUUCAGUAGCACAAUGAAUCAAAAUCUUGCAGAUGCAAAUGAAAAGGUGUAUUUGGACUACAAUGCAACUACUUUCCUAGAGCCAGAGGUCUUGCAAGCCAUUCACAAUGCAUUGGAUACAGCCUGGGGAAACCCAAGUAGUUCAUAUAAGGCAGGUAGAGAUGCAAAGGACAUUAUAAACAGUGCAAGAAAAAAUGUAGCAGAGAUGAUUGGAUGUCAGUCAAGUGAAGACAUAAUAUUCACAUCUGGUGGAACAGAAGCAAACAAUAUGGUUUUUCACACAGCAUUGAAGUAUUUCAAAGAAGUUUACCCCUUGUUUGAAAAUGGAACAACUCAAUAUUCAGAUGUGGGCAGCAAGUGUAAAGCCCAUGUGAUCACAUCCAACUUGGAGCAUGAUUCUGUAAAGUUGCCAAUUGAACACUUUGUCAAAGAGGGAAUUAUGGAUGCUACGUAUGUUCCGGCCUCCAAGCUUACUGGUAUGGUAAAUGCUGAUGAUAUCAUUGCAGCUAUUCGACCUACGACAUGUUUAAUAUCCGUAAUGAUGGCCAAUAAUGAAACAGGCAUUAUACAGCCCAUUUCAGAAAUCUCAAAGCGUGUUAAGCUAGUGAAAAGAGAUGGGAAAUUUGAAGUUAGGAGGAUAUUACUACACACUGAUGCUGCACAAGCUAUCGGCAAGAUUCCAGUGAAUGUGGAAGACCUAGGUGUGGAUUACCUGACAAUAGUUGGACAUAAAUUUUAUGGUCCAAGAAUUGGGGCUUUGUAUGUAAGAGAACCAAUCAAAACCACCCCUGUGCAUCCAAUGUUGUUUGGUGGUGGUCAAGAGAGAAACUUGAGGCCAGGGACUGAAAAUACAGGAAUGAUUGCAGGACUUGGGAAGGCUGCAGAAUUAGUUGUAAAACAUCUAUCAUCAUAUCAGACUCAUAUGAGAGAAAUUCGAGAUUACCUGGAAACUAGCCUAGAAAAUGCAUUUAGAGGUCGAAUUCACUUUAAUGGCCGAUUCACUGAGAGUCAAAGAAUACCAAACACAUGUAACGUUUCAAUAGAGGGACCAGGAUUGCAAGGAUAUAAGAUUCUAGAAGCUGUAAAGCACUUUGUGGCAAGUGUUGGAGCAGCAUGUCAUUCUGAUCACCGGUGCGAGCCUUCUCAUAUACUCAUAGCUAUCGGUACACCGUGGGAUGUAGCCUCAAACGCUUUGAGACUCAGUACUGGAAGACAUACCACUAAGCGCAAUAUUGAUCUUGUAAUACAGGAUUUAAAGCAGGCUGUUGCUAUUCUUGAAGGCAAAAUCUGAAAAUUUAGAAGAUUAUAAAUAAAUUGCUGAUUGUGAUGAUUGUUAAAGACCAUGCAGAGAGUGCCAGAUGGGGUAGGCGGAUUUGAAUCACACUUGGCAGUUGAGCUAGUAUGGUCACUACAGGAAUGACAAAAAAAAUGACCUUUACCAUUUAAAAGUUACAAGAUUCUUUUAUGCAAUAUUUGAUGUAAUAAUUUUUCUAAAUUAGUAUAUUAUCUCAUCCUUUUGAUUAGAAAAUAAUGUGAUUCCCUUUUUAUAAGUUACAUAUUUUUUUAGGUAAAAUGGUAAUUCUGUAUGUUAACAUAAUUAUUAUCUUUUUAUGUAAUCAAAAAAAUUGAUUCAUUUUAUGUGCAGUUGUUAUGGUUCUUUUUUUUAAUGUAAUUCUAUUGUUAGAUUUCUGUAUAUCAAUUUAUGUAAGUGUGUUAGGGUGGUUUAUGUUCAACAGUUGAUGCAGUUCAGUGAUUUUAUACAACUAUGUCAUAUGUUUUAAUAAACGAGAAAUGAGUGAAUGAAUGCUUGAAGAAUACUCGGGCUCAGUUUUCCUAAAAUUUGCUAAAAGUGAUAUGUACACUGUAAAAUGUAGGGCUAAAAAUGAAUGAGUUCACAAAACAUCAAGCCAUUUUGAUAAAACUUAAGGAAGGUUUCUUAUUCAUUUCGAAAUGUAUGACUGUUUUUUUUUGGUAAAAUCAUAGUCUGCAAAAAUCUACUUUAUUUAUUUACUUUCUUUUCAAUGUUGCUUUAAUAAGCAUGUUUUAUCAUCGUGUACCUUCCGAACUCCUUUUUUAAACAGACUUUAGCAGUUAAAAUCAAUGUGUUUUUUUUUUAAUCUACCAGAAAUAUUUUCGAAUGCAUGGUAAAUUUUAUCUUUGCUUAAAUUUGUUAAAAUUAAUGUGUAUUUUACAUUAUUUUAGUAUCAACUUUUUAAAAUGGUGUAAACAUAAAUGAAAUAUAUUUCUCUCUAUUAAAAAACCGGAGUUUUGAUAUGUUAUUUUAAACUUGACAGGAAACAACAAGUCGAGUAAAUCGGUAAAUAUAAUCCCUCUCUCUAAUCGAAAUACCGAGUUAAAAAAAGCCAGGCAAUCUGAAAUAAACAUGAAAAGUUUUUUAUUUAUUUGAGUUCAGGAUGUGAAAUUCUAUAAAUCAAACUUGUGUUACUUGUUCCAUUCAAUUAUGCAAAUUAGAUAAAAUAGCAAAUUGUGUAUGAAAAUAUUUUUGUCUUAAAUCUGUAUACAGUAUAUGUAAGUGUCUGUCAACUUAUUCAUUUAACAUCUUUAGAAAGUCCAUUCUUGAUCAAAGCGUAGUCUUGAAACAUGUUUUAUAUGUUUCAAGCCAUAAGAACAUUUUAUAAACAUGUUUAUAUAUUGGAAUGGGUUUCAUAAGAAAGCGUGUUCGUCAUUGGUCAGAUUGCCAAUCGCCUCUAUAUUUCAUAUUGUGUAUAUCAACCAAUCACAGCCUAGAAUGGUAAGCUUUAUGGCUAUUAAUGCGUCUGCAAUGAGUGUAGGCCUAGGCUAGUUAGUAGUGAUAUGUACAGCCGUUUCGUGGUGCUUCCAAGGCUAGGUGGUACAGUCAGAGAGGCAGCUUAGCUAGGCCUCCGACGAAGAUGAAUCACAGGCUGGCUGGGUAAUACGUAUAGUAUCAGAUAUUACAGAAAAUGUAAGCUAUCUUUUAUCAGGGAGUUCUUUUAUAGAUUCAAACAAUAUGGAGUUCUUCGUGGUUUUUUUUUUUCCUUCAUUUGCCUUCGCUGCUAUAGAUGCAAAUUUCUGGAGCGAGACCGUGCUGUAGUGUUCUACUAUUGGAUGGAUGAAAUGCACACACCAUAAACCUACAUAGUGAACUGUUACUAAACAGUCUACAAAUAGAAAUCAAAUAGCAGUCAGAUUUUUUAAUGCAAUAACAUUCCUGUGGGUUUUUUUUUUUCCAGUUCAAAAGUGCGUAUGCCAAAUAUUUAAGAAGGUGAUUGAAUUAAGUGUCCAUUCGAAAUAGAUAAUAUUUCUUUAAAUUGCGUGCGAACCCAUAGGAAAAGCUACUCUAUUGGAAAACUGUGCCCGAAUUUACAAAUUAACAAAAUCAAACUGGGUUCUACCCAGGGGCGGAUUUAGGGGGGGGGGGCGGCCCGGCCCCGGCCCCCCUCCUUUUGGGAGGUAAAAAAAAAGAAAAAAGAAAGAAAAAAAGGAAGGAAAAGAAAAAAAUGAUAGCCCAGAACGCCUCAAAUGUUAUUUUCGGGCGUCUAGAACACCAAAAUUUCGCGGGGGACCCCCUAGGGCAUUGUUGUUUCGAUCGGCCCAAAUUUCGGAACACCCCCCCCCCCUUUUUGGACAUCUGGAUCCGCCCCUGCUACCAUGGUUCUACCAUUCCUCAAUGGUUCUACUAAUACGAUCGGUAUUUCGUGGAAUUUGUUGUUAAUUACAAGCAAGUAAUAUAAAUCAUAUCGUUGCAUUGUGUUGUUGGUCCUAAAACACACAAACCAAUUCACUCAGUUUUUUGUAUUAAUGCCUUUACUUUGUCAAUAAUGGAAAUAAACUGCUUGAAAGUUGCCAGUACUGCAAGUUGCCUUAUAACAGUGAAUCAGUAAGAAACGUGUUCCCCACACAAGUAGGUUCCCAUGAUACUCUAUUGGGAGAAGCAGACACGAGGCCAGUCAUUCACUCACGUCACAUUCAGGAAUGUAGACCCGUUAUUAUUCCUGAUUGGCUUGUUUGGUACAUGCAGGUAUAACAAUUGUAUACCUACCUGCGGUACAAUCAGGAAAGCGUUGCUCAAUAUUCUUAGCGAUAUUAUACCUCAAUGACAACAUUACUCUGAAAAAAUUGGUUAUUUCUUUGUUUGUAUAAUAUAGGUGAAAUGUUAUACAGAUAAUCAAUGUUCAUUUAAAAGAUAAUGUGGCCUCCAAUAUAGCUGCUAAAAUGGUUGGGCAAUGUAUUACGAAGUCAAUGUUUUGUAUUGAGAAAAUAUACACUGUUUAUACUAUA